AUGAGGCUCAUGAAGGCAGUGAAGUCCCAGAUGAGCGAACAGUAUAUACAGUCGGUGGCGGAUCUUAUGGCGACGAAAGGGAGGCCUAUGUACACGACAGCAGGGAACUUUAUGGUAUCGGACACCUCCCGGCUUGGGUUUGACGGUUUGGAUUUUGGGUGGGGGAAGCCUGAGUAUGGUGGCCCCGCGGCGAGCGUGGGGCUGAUUUGUUUCUACGGGCGGUACAAGGACGGUAGUGGAGCAGAUGGGCGUGUUGUAACACUCCACUUGCCAAGGCCAGCGAUAGAGAAGUUCAAGAGGGAGUUGGAUGAAAUAACAAUGGAAUAA